AUGGCUGCGACGUUUUACCCACUGGCUUCGCUCUCCCAAAUCGAAAAGACACCCUCCAGGGAAGAUGGGAUCCCUGCAGAACUUGAAGAGGAUCUGAGAGCUUACGGAUGUAAACUUAUCCAUCAAGCUGGCAUUUUAUUGCGGCAAAAACAAGUGGCGGUUGCGACUGCUCAAAUCCUCUUCCAGCGCUUUUGGUUUGUCACUUCCAUGAGACAAUUUGGUGUUGGGGACAUUGGCAUGGGUGCGCUGUACCUCUCGUCGAAACUGGAAGAGUGUCCUCUACGAAUGAGGGACAUCAUCAAUGUCUACGACUUGCUCUUGCAAAGGGCUACGCACUCUAUAAGCCCCAAGGGAAAGUCUGGGCAAGAGUUUGUUUACCAUCCAAUGUCAUACUUUGGCGACACAUUCUAUCAACUCAAGGAGGCGCUCGUCGUUGCAGAGAUGCAAAUACUGAAGAGGCUGGGCUUCAAUGUACAUGUUACCCUGCCUUAUAAUACCCUCAUAAACUAUCUGAGGCUACUCGGCCUUGGCCAAAACUCUGAACUAUGUACCAAGGCUUGGGGGUAUCUCAACGAUGCCUUGCAAACGCCGGUUUAUGCCAUCUACCAGAUUCCCACCAUCGUCUGCGCUGCCAUCGUUCUUUCGACAAGACACUUGAACAUCCCUCUGCCAACCAGUCCACCAUGGUGGGAACUCUUUGACGCUCACUGGGACGACAUCUGGAGUGUCUGUGGCUACGUGAUGCGGCUGUAUCGACCGAGGGAGACUCCGAAUGUAGCCGAAGCCUUGGUAACCAAAAAGGACGUACGUCAAUGGUUAGAUGACCAUGGGAUCUCUCCUAAUGCAAGCUAG